AUGGCUAAUCUCGCCUUUCCGGUGCGGUGCCCGCAUCCAUUAUGCUCAAUCGAUGUCGACGAUGAGGUGUCACUCUCGGACCAUUUUGUGGAUUUUCACGGCAUGAAGCUCGCACCAAAGCGCUCCAUGGGCAGCAGCAACAUUCACAAAGCCUCUGCCGACGUUUUUCAUACCGAACUUCCUGCAGACGCCCGCAUCGACGUUGGUGUGGCCUGUCAAUCUUUUGUUUCUGCAUCGAGCUCGUCUUCUGUUUCGUAUCUGUCUCCUGCUCAAUGCUACGACCUGCAGUCUAUCUUCAACCACUUUACAGAGAACACGUCGAAGAAAUCCUUUUCAGGUGCAGCCCAGCACGACUCGUAUAGGCAAGGGCUAUCUACGAUGGCCCACCUCCGAGACUUACAAGUGAGUCAGCAGUCGACGUUCACUUCACUGGAAGUGUUUGGUCAGCCCUCUGGUGACCAACGACGGGAGCUGGUGUCAGACACUGAUCUUUUGACAAUCAGUACCGAGCAGUACGUCUCAUGCUCCCAACUUUCAAGCAUCGCUACAGUUCAACAGGCUCUUCCUGCGACGGUGGAAACCUCCUGCACCUUUUCAUGUCUGUUUCCACGAAUCAAGCUGGUAGUUGGUGAGCGUUCGGCCUCGUUGGAAGCACAGAAGAGACGGAUACAUGAUCGUGAUCCUCCAGCGGCUGCUAUUAGCGACCAGGCACGACAUCCUCACCACAAAAAUCAGGUCAAGAAGCGGCGGAAGCUAGGCUAG